AUAGCUCACAACCUGUCAAGCAUUUGGAAGUACUUUAAAUACCAAGAAACUGAGAAGUUAGAGUUUAAGUUGGCCUUUUCAAAUUUACUUGAAACCAAUUGGCAUGGAGUUGAGUUCUUCAACUAAUGUCCCAAGAUGGACACCAAGUCCAAGCCCAACAAGAUCCUUGUUGGCAUCAGCUGUGGAAGGCUCCAGCUCCAAGGAAAGUCAUGUUCUUGAUGAUGAUCAUGCAGUGAUGAAGAGGCAAAGCAGCACAACUUCUGCAGAUGAUGGGAUUUCCUUGUCCUGCUCUAGCAUGGACAGAAUUUUCCCAUUUAGCAUUGUGUUUAAAACUGGAGCUGCUCAAAACUCUGGUUUAGAUAUUCAUGAAGCCCCAUCUCUGAGAUUGGAAUCUACGGUGGAGAAGUCAGUAGGGAUUGAUCAAACGGUUGUGAAGCCAGGCUAUGGAAAUGAUCAAAGUUAUGUUGUUGGUGAUGAUAUUGAAAUUGGGUUGACAAAGAAGGGUAUUUGCUUGACAUGGAAGGACCUGUGGGUUGGUGUAUCUGAUGGGAAAUAUGGGAAGAGAAUGAUUUUGCAGGAGCUUACAGGGUUUGCUCAACCUGGUGAGAUGUUGGCUAUCAUGGGUCCUUCUGGCUCUGGCAAAUCCACCCUUUUGGAUGCUUUGGCAGGCAGGCUAAGUUCAAACACACAGCAGACAGGGGAGAUUUUAAUCAAUGGCCGUAGAGAAACACUUGCUUUUGGAACUUCGGCAUACGUGACUCAAGAUGACACUCUAAUGACUACAUUAACAGUCAGGGAAGCUGUAUAUUACUCAGCACAACUCCAACUGCCUGACUCCAUGUCCAAAGUAGAAAAGAAGGAAAGAGCAGAGAUGACAAUCAGAGAGAUGGGCUUGCAAGACUCCAUGGACACAAGAAUUGGCGGUUGGAGCGUAAAAGGCCUCAGUGGUGGACAGAAAAGAAGAGUUAGCAUUUGCAUUGAAAUAUUGACUCGUCCCAAGCUUCUCUUCCUUGAUGAGCCUACAAGUGGGCUAGACAGUGCAGCAUCUUACCAUGUCAUGAACCGCAUUGUUAAGCUAGCGCACCGGGAUGGAAGGACCGUUAUUGCAUCAAUUCAUCAACCUAGCAGUGAAGUCUUUGAGCUUUUCCAAAACCUUUGCCUUCUAUCCUCUGGUAGAACAGUCUACUUUGGCCCUGCUUCAAUGGCAGAACAGUUUUUUGCUUCAAAUGGCUUCCCUUGCCCUACUCUGAGAAACCCAGCAGAUCACUACCUUAGAACCAUCAACAAGGAUUUCGAUGUUGAUAUCGAACAAGGGUUUGAUGGCAAAACAAGCACUGAGGAAGCAAUUAAUAUUCUCAUACAAUCAUACAAGUCUUCAAAUCAUUUCCAGAAAGUUCAGAAACAAGUAGCUGAGAUUUGCCAACAGAAAGGUGGGGCUCUAGAGAAGGGUAGCCAGGCCAACUUCAUAACCCAAUGCCUGGUUCUUACAAGGAGAUCUUUCGUGAACAUGUAUCGUGACCUGGGCUACUACUGGCUUCGCCUUGCAAUUUACAUUGCCUUGUGCUUAUGCGUAGGGACAAUCUUUUACGACAUUGGCUCCACUUUUGGCUCAAUACAGGCUAGAGGUGCAAUGCUCAUGUUUGUUGGAGCAUUCUUGACUUUCAUGGCAAUAGGCGGCUUCCCUUCUUUUGUAGAAGACAUGAAGAUCUUCGGGCGUGAAAGAUUCAACGGGCACUAUGGUGUUUCGGCAUUUGUUGUUGGAAACACAUUCUCCUCCAUCCCAUAUUUGCUGAUCAUCUCUUUAAUUCCUGGAGCAAUAGCCUACUACAUGGUUGGCCUUCAAAAGAGCUUUGAGCACUUUGCCUAUUUUGCACUGCUGCUCUUUGUGACCAUGAUGUUGGUUGAGAGCCUAAUGAUGAUUGUGGCAAGCAUUGUGCCAGAUUUUCUCAUGGGAAUUAUUACUGGUGCCGGAAUUCAAGGAGUGAUGAUGUUGAAUGGAGGUUUCUUCCGAUUGCCGAAAGAUCUUCCUAAGCCUUUCUGGAGAUACCCAAUGUACUACAUUGCAUUCCACAAGUAUGCAAAUGAAGGAUUCUAUAAAAAUGAGUUUGAAGGACUAACAUUUCCUAAUGAUCAAGCAGCAGGGCCGUCCACGAUUACUGGCGAAGAAAUAUUGCGUAGUAUUUGGCAAGUGCAGAUGGGCUACUCUAAGUGGGUUGAUCUUGCCAUUUUGUUUGGGAUGGUAAUUGUUUAUAGGCUCAUGUUUCUGGGGAUCAUAAAGACCACAGAAAAGUUUGUACCAAUUAUCAAAGCUCUCUUAGUUGGUACUCCCAAGCACUCUUCUUAACAGAUCACAGAGAACCAAUCCUCCAAGCCUCUCUGUGAACUUUUCGGAAA